GACUAAUGGGGCGGGAUUAGCACUGUGGCUUCUUCCUGAGUUGCAAUACUGCUUAUGAGAGCCGAACAUUAUCAUACUAAACUUUAAAAUUAUAACAUACAUUUAUUACAGUAUAACAGUUAAACGGGGCAGCGUCACGAUGGGUUUACUAACAAUUCUGAAGAAGAUGAAACAGAAGGAGCGCGAGAUGAGGCUGCUGAUGCUAGGUCUGGACAACGCGGGGAAGACGACCAUCUUGAAAAAAUUCAACGGGGAGGACGUCAGCACCAUCUCUCCCACUCUGGGCUUCAACAUCAAAACGCUGGAGCACAAAGGGUUUAAACUGAAUAUUUGGGACGUAGGCGGUCAGAAGUCACUGCGCUCCUACUGGAGGAACUACUUUGAGAGCACAGAUGGGCUGGUGUGGGUGGUGGACAGCGCAGACAGACUCAGACUGGAGGACUGCAGACAGGAGCUCAGCGCACUCCUCCUGGAGGAGAGGUUAGCUGGUGCAACGCUGCUGGUUUUUGCCAACAAACAGGAUUUACCAGGAGCUCUGUCCAAAGAGGCAAUACGAGAGGCGCUGGCCCUGGAUAACAUCAAAAGUCAUCACUGGUGUAUCAUUGGUUGCAGUGCAGUAACAGGAGAGAACUUGUUAGCUGGAGUGGACUGGUUAUUAGACGACAUCGCUGCGAGGAUCUUCACUGCUGACUGAUCCUCGCAAUCAGAGCAGACCAGCUGGUCUUUGUUCAUGACCCGCUACCUUAAGUGACUGAAUGCUUUUAUAGUUGUCCCAUCAACUAAUGAUUUCCCCAGCCAUCCUGAGUUUGCACUGAUUUAAAGGAGACUGACCAGUUUACUUGUAUGAACCCAGUAAUAAAAGUUUAUCCAUUCUUGUGGCAAAA